UUCAAUUGAACUCCAAAACGGCAACACAUUCAUUGAGCAUGGCAUUGAAUUCACUAUAUAUAUUUGCAGCAGUAUUUCGUUUAUGCUCACACAGUCACUAAGUUUCUAUCAUUACACAGCCUAAUGGAGUUUAAAAAUCUAUCCGUUUUAGUUCUCUUUUUGUUGGUUCUUGUGGGGAUAAAUGGAUCUAAAUCUGGAGAAGAAUAUUGGAAAUCUGUUUGGCCAAACACGCCUAUACCUAAAGCACUUUCAGAUUUGAUGAUUUCUGAUAGAGAAACUAAUAUGCCUAUCAAAAGUCAAGAAGAGAAUCAAUAUUGGACUAUCUUUUUUGAACAUGAUCUAUAUCCCGGGAAAACAAUGAAUUUAGGCAUUCAAAAACAUUAUGAUAUCCAAUCAUCAAAAUCACCAAGAUAUCUACCUAUCAAAAAGGCAACCGAAACAGAAACUAAUACAAUAAGUCAACCUUUUGGAGUAUGUAUAUGGUGGUAUAAAAAAGAAUCUGAUAGAACCAAUCAAACUUUUUUAUCUAGUGUGUGUGAUAAAAAAGAAACCACAAAAGAAAAACAACCUUUUGGAAUUAGUGUGUGGUGGUAUAAGAAAGAAACAGAAAAAGAAAAUCAACCUUUUGGAUUUUGGGCAUGGGCAAGCAAAGAAACUAAAAAAGCAAAUCAACUUUAUGUAAAAGAUACACAAAAAGAAAGUCAACAUUUUGUAUCACACGCAUCAGAUGAAAAAGAAGUUCAGAUUCUUAACAACUAUUGUAGAACUCAAUCAGCAAUAGGGGAAGACAAAUAUUGUGCGCUUUCACUAGAAUCAAUGAUGGAUUUUGUCAUUUCAAAGCUUGGAAAGAAUGUCAAAGUCAUGUCAAGUUCCCUAAGUCAAAAUCAGGACAAAUAUAUAGUGGAGGAAGUAAAUAAAAUUGGAGACAAAGCAGUGAUGUGCCAUAGAUUGAAUUUUAAAAAAGUUGUGUUUUAUUGUCAUGCAGUCAAUGCGACAACAACUUACAUGGUCCCAUUGGUGGCCUCUGAUGGAACUAAAUCAAAAGCACUUACUAUUUGCCAUCAUGACACUAGAGGUAUGAAUCCUAAUGUGUUGAAUGAAGUUCUCAAUGUUAAUCCAGGAACUGUCUCUGUUUGCCAUUUUAUCGGCAACAAGGCUAUUGCUUGGGUACCUGAUACGAGUGAGUCUGGUGGCCAUCCUUGUGACAUCUAGUAGAUUUUGAAAUUGAUUAUAAUCCUAUGCUUGGACUUAUUAUAAAGUGAUAUAUGAGAUUAAAUAUGAUGUGAAAAUAUCGUAUCUUAUGUAUCUACAGUAUCAUCCAUAUAUUCUAAAUAAAACAAGAUGUCCUAAAUUAGUUAGAACUAUGAGUUUGUGUUUGUGCAAUAUGUCAAUCUAUGACUAGUAUCCGAUGUACUUUAUGCAAAAUAUCAUAUUUAUAUGGAUUUCAAAUGGUUAAUAUAUCAAAGUUAGUGUCUUUCUUUUGUUA